UUAACUUACUCGUCAAGUGCGGAUACAGAAGAAAAAGAAAUUGAAAAUCUUCGCUCCUCUAGAAGAGAAGAAAAGGAAAGAAAAGACAAAGAAAUUUAUGCCGCUGCCAUGGAAGAAUAUAGAAGAAAUAAACCUGAUGAGUGGGUUCAAAAUAUAGUUCAAGAACUAGAAGGAGAAGAAGCAGGCCCUUCACAGCCAAAGAGAAAGACUAAAAAGGUGAUGAUACCAGAACAAGACGAUAUUGAGUUUUAUGUUGAUCAAGUGUUGGUGGCUAUUAAUAAACAUUUGACAUCGAAAGAUGCUUACGACCUAGUUUUCAGUUCUAAAGUCAUUCUUGUUGAAGUUGAUAAAAGAUUUUCUAAUCGCGUCGUAGGUCGCGAUAAAUUUCUGAAUGUUGUUUAUAAUAAAGGAAGAUUUUUUUGUAAUGAUUGGUUGCUUAAUAAGCUGAAGGAAGCAGAUAAUCUCGAUCGUAGAUCGUUUCAACUUCUUUAUGAUGAAGGUUCUAUGAGAUAUGAAGGUUCUCACAGAACUAUUCAACCUGCAACACGUGAACCAAACGUAACGGGCCAUGACAUUAAAACGGAUAAAAGGAAUGCAAGAAUCUUUUGUCGUUUUGGUGCAUAUUUAGCAAUGCUGAAAGUAAUUACUGAUAAUGUUUUAGUUGAGCGUGAGAAUGAAAUUAAAUAUAUUAUUGAACUUUGGAAAAUAGGAUUGGGUGAAAUUUUGCCAAUUCCGGAAAAUAAUUUAAUCCAUUCAGAGAAGGUAGUUAAGCAUUAA